CAGAAUUGUGCCGAGGGGGAAAUUUCUCAACUGACAAAAAAAUGGCGCUAAUUCUCCAUUUAUCUUCAUCUUUUGCGAUCCUUAAACCCCAAUUCCAUCUCAAGCCCGUUAAAAUCGCCAUUCGAUGCCAACGAGAAUCCUCGACGGAAGAAACUACUUCGGAUUCGAGCGGAGGUUCGAGAAAGCCCGGUGAUUCGUUGGGAUUCGGCUCGAGUGCAGCUGAUUCGGCCAAGAAGAAGAAGACGACGACGAAGGGGAAGAGAGAUAGGGCUUCGAUUGUCCGGCGGACGCCGUUGGAGAAGCCGAGCUUGGUCACGCCGCAGGAGGCGGCUCGCGCCGAGGAGGUGCGGAAGAAUGAGAGUGCGUUUGUACUGGCUUGGUUGGGCCUCGGCGCGAUUAUUCUUCUGGAAGGAAUUGCUCUUGCUGCAUCAGGCUUUCUUCCGGAGGCGUGGGACAGCUUCUUCGUCAAGUACCUGUAUCCAUCUUUCACUCCAACUGUCCUCCUGUUCAUCGCUGGAACAGUCGCCUACGGAGUUUUGAGGUACCUGCAGAAUGAGAUUUCAAACAAGGAAAAUUGAUCCGGAAUCAUCUCUCCGAGCAGAAGAACAUUUGGAACGAGCUUUGCUUUGCUUUGCUAGUUCGAUAACCAUUUUGUGUAGAACAUGCAUAUUGUAUUGCGCUCCUUUGGGGGCUACAAUGGAAGUUCGUAAUCUAUUAUGCCACAUAAUGGUAAGCGCAAUCGUGCUCAACUUUUUAA